ACAUAAUUUUGACUUUUAAAGUUUAUUAAAUUGACAUGCCUAAUUAUUAGCUUCAAAACAAUAGCUGUAACACAGGAAAUCUCAACAUUUAAAGAUUCUGAGACCUACUAAAUGAAAGGAUCUUGAAUUAAAUUAUCUUGAGUGGUGUGUCUGUUGAUCAGGUGUGGAUAAAGUGCAGCUUUCCAGUCACUUAAACCCUUGUAAAGGAUUGCCUGUCCACAUCUUCGCAGUAGUGUUGCAGUGUCACCCUCAAGCGCUGACAGAAGCAAACCCACUAUAUGCUCAGCUGCUAAUCACAGGAUUAUUCUGUUUAACUAAGACUAUUAAGUGUUCCACUUUCAAAUGGCGUCUCCCACGGGCAGACCUUGGAGAGGAUGAUCCCUCCGCCUCAGGGAUCACACAGACAGCCGAAUGCUCCAUGAGUGACCCGGGGGAAGGGCUGAGAAAAUGCUUUUGUACGGCAACAGGAUGUCACGGUAGUCUACGCUCAGGACACAGACGAAGAAAGAAGGAUGAACAUCAGAAAGAAGACCUUGUCUGGCUCCUUAUACCGCCCAUAAAUUCAAUCAGUUCUGGACCCAGCAGCUAGAAUCUGUCUUCAGAUAAUUCAGCCCCUCACCUUCAAACGUCCUGCAGAGCGAUUAAAUAAUUUCACCGACUUAAAGUUGUGCUCUCAGCUCAGAGGAGAGAGCUUUUACCAGGUGAAGCUGAACACUGCUCUCAUUAGUCACACAUGCAGCCACCUGCCACUCACCAGAGACCGACGGCGCCGGAGUGCUGAAAGUUUCCACAGCUAUUCCUGCGCACGUUCAGAAGAGACACUUGAGGAAUGGUUCAGGCUCCGUGACCGGCGGUGAGCGCAGAGGAACAUGCUGCUGCUCCGGGGACGAUAAGACGAGUAAUCCUGACUGAAUUUCAGCCCUGGGAACUUUCCAGCGCUUCAAUCAUGGCCAGCAUGGCGGUCCAGCUCCUCGGCUUCUUCCUAGGACUUUUGGGCUUUGCAGGAACCAUUGUCGCAACUUUGCUCCCCCACUGGCGCAGCACAGCCUACAUGGGGACCAACAUUAUAACAGCCACCGCCUACAUGAAAGGCCUGUGGAUGGAGUGCGUCUGGCACAGCACGGGUAUUUACCAGUGUGAGCUGUACCGAUCUCUGCUGGCGUUGCCCCCUGACCUGCAGGCUGCUCGGGCUCUCAUGGUGCUCUCCUGCAUCUCCUCUGUCUUGGCAUCUCUGGUGGCUGUAAUGGGGAUGAAGUGCACCCACUUCGCCCAACGUUCGGUGGUCAAAUCCCCCCUGGUCCUCAGCGGUGGGGUCGGUUUCCUGUGCGCCGGCCUCCUCUGCCUCGUCACCGUUUCCUGGACCACCAAUGACGUGAUUAUGGAUUUUUACGAUCCCUUUCUUCUCAGUGGGAUGAAGUACGAGAUCGGAUUGGCUGUGUAUCUCGGCUACGCCUCGUCCUUCCUCAGCGUGGUCGGUGGGCUGGUGCUGUGCUGGAGCAGCAGAGAAAGGUUGCAGGGUCGCCUCCGUGCGCAGACACAUCAACCUUCAGCUCCUCUACCUCCCUUCAACAACCUAAACCCCCCUGCUCCUCUCUACAGGCCCCCUGAGGCCCUGAAGGACAAUCAUGCACCCUCGCUUUGCUCCCUUUCUAGCAGUGGAUAUCGGCUUAAUAACUAUGUCUGAAAACAUGGAGAUAAUAACACAUACUUUCAAAAAAAACACCAUGUCAAAGCAAAAGAAGAAUACUUAAUUUUUCUGCUUAAAGACUUGAAUUGAAAGCAAAACUGAAUUAUUGAGCUUUCAAGUAAAGGAACUGGAACGCUUGUCCUGUUGUGAUGCAUCAAAUUGGCCAGUAGGUGGCAGCAUGUUACAGGAAACAGAACACAACACGGACUGUUGAUCAUCAUAAUUGUCCUGUCACUUUCUUCUUCUGGCCUUUUAGUCAAAACUAAAAUCUGCACAGUCAUUUUAUCUAUUUCAUUUACAUCACAAUAAGAUAAACAUCAGUUAGUGAAGAUGAACUUUGUUCUUCUUGAAAUACAUUUGGUUAAAAAAUUACUUUUUCAAAACUAAAGUUUGGCACAAGUCAUGCAGAGUUAGACAGAAAACUAGAUUUCUUAGUUCAUGGAA